AUGAAGCAACGAAGCCCUGGGCGAAUGGGUAGCUGCAGAAGUCAUCGGAAAGGCGUCUGGCUGAUUGAUGAAGACGGCGACCGGAUUUUCAAAACCAAACCCAAAUCACUUGACGAUUGUUUGCUUCAAAUAUCUAAUCAAAACGCCAAAUCCGGCAAAGAAGAACCCUUGUUCUCUAUUUUUGAAGCACUCACUACGGCGGUUCAGACCGAUUUUGCCAAGAAAAACUCGGCCACAUUAUUAUACCAUUGCCUUUUAUUUAUCAAGAAGGGGAAAAAGGGUUCCGUAAAUGAAUCCGUAUUGGCUGCGAAAAUCAUUGCUUUAUUGGCUGUCAUUGUCGAAGAUGAAGACAAUGCUCAUGAGAUUUUUCAAGAUUCAGUUUCGGUACUCCCUCAAUUUCUUGAUAAUUUUGAUGUUGUUUCAGAGAUUUUGAAUUGUUUAGCUGUUACCGCUGUUUUCGGAAGUUAUGAUACUAAUGAGACACAGCAAGUUAUGCAAAUCAUAUGGAAAUUUGUUCAAGUUAAGAAACAUUCAGCUGCUGCAAUCUCUGCUUGGUGUUUUCUUCUUUCCACUAUAGAAAUUUGGGAUAUUCAUCAUAAAGAUUGGCAAUCUGCUAUUCCUUUCUUGUCGAAUCUACUUGAGGAUGAUGAUGAUGAAUCUGUUUAUGCAGCUGCUGCUGAAGCAUUGGCUUUGAUAUUCGAGAUCAAUUGUCUCGAGAAAUUCGCGGUUGAAGCCAAGGACAAGGAUCCUGAUACCAUCAAACAAAUUCUGAUGAGUAAAAAGGCAAGUCGCUGGGAGGUGGUAGUAAACGAAGAGGGCGAAACAGAAGAAGAAGAAAGCAAUGAAGGAAUGGAAGUUCUGGAGUACUUUGAGAGCGGUGAAUUCUCAAAAACGCAUACGAAAAUUGGUAAAGAUAAGAUAUUAAUCUCAACUUGGUGUCGGAAAAUACAGCUGAAUUUCAUCAGAGGGGUUCUCGGAGAAGACGGGUUUGUUAAGCAUAUGAGACAGAAUGUGAAUGUGCAAGCAAUCUUUGAGUUCACACCAAAAGUUAAGGCGAAAAAUGCAAUAGCAUCACCCGAAAGAGAAGAGGUUACCAUGAGCAUAUUUCUUCCGAAAGUCGAAAGGAAGGAGGAGGAUGCUUUUGGAUUACCGUUUGUGACAAGGGAACAAAAAAUUUGGAAGCGAGUGAAUAGCAAAGCACCGUCUUUCUUGAACAAGGCUAAGACUUGCUUGAUGAACAAGAGGAGAAUGGUAUCUGAAGGCCACAAAUAUCAGUUUUUCAAUGAUGAUUGA